GUAGAAAUCACAGUGUUUGCACUUUUGCACCAAGCGUCUGCUGUACAAUAGGUUUAGAGUUUUGUGUCGCAAUGUAACAAGUGACGUAGGAAAGUAUAUAUAAUAGCUGAAGUCACUAGCAUCACCAGUUACUCUGACGGACUAGCGGACUGACACAUAAAGUUAAAGAAUGGCACAACCACAAAUGUACCCAAAUGUUCCACGCCCCCCACCCGGAGGAGAUCAGUGUGUGUCGAAAGUGGAACUCCGGAUUGAGUGUCGUAAUCUACUGGACCUGGAUGUUAUGUCCAAGUCAGAUCCAUGUGCAGUGCUCUACAUGAGUCGACGAGGUGGCCACUGGGAUGAGAUUGGAAGAACGGAAAACAUUAAAAACUGCUUGGAUCCCAAGUUCUCUCGAUGCUUUAAAGUGAACUACUAUUUUGAAGAAGUACAGAAAUGCAGGGUAUGUGUGUACGAUCUGGACAACACAACGCCAGAAUUGUCCGACGAUGACUUCCUUGGCCAGCUGGAUUGUACUCUGGGACAGUUGGUGUCCAGCAACCCCUUCACAAAGCCCUUGAUGAUGCCUGAUGGACGACGCAAGGCCGGAAAUGGAGUCAUAAUAGUUCGAGCUGAGGAGGUGAAGGAGGGUGGCGAGAUAGCUUACCUGACAUUCAGGGGGAAAAACCUGGACAAGAAGGACUUUUUUGGCAAGUCUGAUCCAUAUUUGGAGAUUCUUCGCUCUACCCUGGACCGAAGCUGGCAAGUGGUCCACAGAACAGAGGUCAUCAAGAACACUCUCAACCCGAGCUGGCGGCCGUUCCAGGUUCCUCUGUCGACGUUGUGUGCUGGCAACAGGGCCCAGGAGAUUCGGUUUGAUGUCUACGACUGGGACAGUGACGGUAGCCACGACUACAUCGGCGGCUUCACCACCACCGUCGAUGAUAUGAUGAAAGCCAGUAACCAGGAGUAUUCCUGGCCGCUCAUCAACCCAAAGAAAAAAUCCAAAAAGAAAAACUAUACCAAUUCAGGCAUAUGUCUGCUUACUUCUGUGAAGAUUAUGAAGGAACACACAUUCUUAGAAUUCAUAUUCGGGGGCAUGCAGAUCAAUUUUACAGUGGGUAUAGAUUUCACAGCCUCCAAUGGUAACCCCAGUAACCCCACAUCACUGCACUACAUCAACCCCUACCAGCCGAACGAGUAUAUGCAGGCAACACGAGCUGUCGGCGAUGUGUGUCAGGAUUAUGACUCUGACAAGAUGUUCCCUGCCCUUGGGUUUGGAGCCAAGAUUCCACCGACAAUGGAUGUUUCUCACGAGUUCGCCAUCAACUUCAACAUGCAGAAUCCCUUCUGUCCAGGAAUUGAUGGUGUGCUGCAAGCUUACUCCAACUGUAUCCGACAAGUCCAGCUGUACGGCCCUACCAAUGUGUCGCCCAUCAUUCGACAUGUCGCUAGGUUCGCGCUUGCUGCUCAGCAAGAAGAGCGAGCUAAAGGGGCACAUGCGUAUUACAUCCUGCUGCUGCUGACCGAUGGCGUCCUGAGUGACAUGAGCGCCACCAAGCAGGCCAUCGUGGAGGCCUCCAAGCUGCCCAUGUCGUUGAUCAUCGUGGGUGUAGGUGGCGCUGAUUUCUCUAUGAUGGAGGAGCUGGAUGGGGAUGAUGGGCUACUGAGAGCUCCGAGCGGGGAGCCUGUCAAACGGGACAUCGUGCAGUUUGUGCCCUUCAGGGAAUUCAAGCAGAGUACCCCAGAAGAACUUGCUCGUCAUGUGUUAGCUGAAGUGCCCAAACAAGUCGUUGAGUACUACCGGCUUCAAGGCAUCCACCCUAUCAAACGCCAGCAGACGGACCCCUUUCCUUCCUAAAUGACUGCUUGAUUCCUUGUACCAUGGACUUGUUGUCUGUUGUCACUUCUGUGUCAUAACAGCGUCGAUGGAUAUGUGAACUUAGUCAAACAGGUGUUGGAGAUGACACUACCUCAGCUUCACAGAACAGGAUGCCCAGUUUUGGCGUUCCAUGCACACAUUGUGUUGCAUUCACAGACCAGUUGUGUUCACUGAUUAAAACUGGGAUAUCAACUCUAAUAAAGAACAGUGAAGGUGCAUUGGGAUUUGUUGCAUUCACAGACCAGUUGUGUAAGCAAUGAGGCAGGACAUGUUCCCUGAUUAAAACUCGGAUAUUAACUCUAAUAUAUAACAGUGAAGGUGCAUUGGGAUUUGUUGCAUUCACAGACCAGUUGUGUAAGCGAUGAGGCAGGACAUGUUCCCUGAUUAAAACUGGGAUAUUAACUCUAAUAUAUAACAAAAAAGGUGCAUUGGGAUUUGUUGCAUUCACAGACCAGUUGUGUAAGCGAUAAGGCAGGACAUGUUCCCUGAUUAAAACUGGGAUAUUAACUCUAAUAUAUAACAAAGAAGGUGCAUUGGGAUUUGUUGCAUUCACAGACCAGUUGUGUAAGCGAUAAGGCAGGUCAUGUUCCCUGAUUAAAACUGGGAUAUUAAUUCUAAUAUAUAACAAAGAAGGUGCAUUGGGAUUUGUUGCAUUCACAGACCAGUUGUGUAAGCGAUAAGGCAGGACAUGUUCAGUGAUUAACACUGGGAUAUUAACUUUUAUAUAUAACAGUGAAGGUUUAACCCAGUGAAUAAUGCAUAAAAUGGGCCCCAGGACUGACUUAUUGUUAAUUAGACAUGUAUAUUGCUGUCGUGAGUUCAUGAGACAUGUUGCACAUAGAGGCAGCGCACAAACAUACAAAUUAGAAGUCACCUCAACAUGCUCAAACAGCAAUUCAUGAAGAAUUAUUUUUAAAAAAUGUCUACACAUCGGUGGAACAUACCCCAUAGACCCAAGAAACACCAAAAAAAUCUUUCAACACCCAAUGUGAAUGAUACAUUGUGAGUAAAUACUCAAUGGCUACAAAAAAAUAUCUGGAGCCCUGAUAAAAAUUUAGGUAAGCCUAAAGGCAGAAAGCAUUCACCAACUGACACUUUGAUAUAAACUCAACAGUACCGUACAUGUUAAUUUAUAAAGGGGAAGGUGUGACUCAUGCUGCUACAUCUGUAAAGUUCAUCUUUCCUUAAAGUUGGAGUAACAAAAAUGAAUACUUAUCAUCACGUCAUAUUGUUAAAAAAUGUUGUACAGUUGUUUCUCAAACUGUCUGAACAAAAAACAUUUCAUAUCUUCAGAAUUUAUGAUGUUUGAUUAGAAUGUUAUUGUGUUUCAUUACGUAAGACCUUAAAUGGGUAAAUAAGGUUAUCGUUACAUUAUCAUGAUUAUAUACUCCUGUGGGUGGAGAAACAUGAUAUAUGAUUUAAGCCAGUAGCUGUGCUACCUAGUUUGUCACAGUGUUUAUAAUGGGUAAAUAAGGUUAUCGUUACAUUAUCAUGAUUAUAUACCCCCAAGGGUGGAGAAACGUGAUAUAUGAUUGAAGCCAGUAGCUGUGCUACCUAGUUUGUCACAGUGUUUAUAAUGGGUAAAUAAGGUUAUCAUUACAUUAUCAUGAUUAUAUACUCCCGUGGAUGGAGAAGGUGAAGUGAGGUGAAAGAUUAUUGCACUUAUUUUGCGACGUGCAUGCACAUGUGGGUGCGGCUGCUUUUACUAGUCCAGACUGAUGC